AUGUUCGAUUUAGGGCAACUUAUUGUUUCGCCAAACACAUGUUUACUUAUCGUUUUCUAUGUGUUUUUAGGCGUAACGGAAUAUAUUGCCAGUAUCAUAAAAAGAAUGCUACACAAAAAUAUUCAACUAAAAGAGUAGAGUUCAUGGGAGGGAAUUUAAAGACAGCCUUCAACUUCAAAGAGAAAAUGCAAUCGGAAGGCAUUUACAUGGUUGAAAACCAGACAAAUGUAUCUAAGCCUGGACAGCCAAAGAAAGUUUUUUCCGCUGAGGGAUUACGAAAGGCGUUAAGGCCUGCUUAUGCAGAUUCGGAUUCAGAAGAAACAGUUGACAGUGACCCAUAUGAAAGUCAGUUGGCUGGUGAUGGAAUUGGGGAUGACGGUGGCAUGCGUUAGUUAAAGUUUGGUCUAUGUGUUAUCCAAUAAGAUAGGAAGGCGUGCGAGAGUUUAUGCGUUUUUCUUUUUUCCGUUUCAUGUUUUUUUCCUUGGAAGACAUCUUUUUACACUUCUUUUUUGCCGGCAAGUUUUGCCAACGAAACAACUUAUGGUCCAUGCUUUAAUAAAGUUUAAGCACGCCCCUUUGUAGGCGUAUUGUCUUA